AUGCCAGCUCCACAAGCGCCGGUCGAGCCGUGGCCGCCAUUCGCAUUGCCCACCGUCGACCUGGUCGCAGGCUCGCUUGCCGGCGCCGCGCAAGUCAUCGUCGGUCAACCGCUGGACACGGUCAAAGUGCGCAGCCAAAUCGCGCCACGAGGCACGUACACUGGACCUAUGGACGUCCUGACCCGCACCAUCCGGACAGAAGGCCCGCUAGCGUUGUACAAAGGCAUGGCGUCGCCUCUGCUCGGCAUCGCCGCGCAGAACGCGCUGCUCUUUACCGCCUUUCAGAGUGCGAAGCGAUUCAUCUCGCCUGAAAGCCAGCGGUUGAGCACCGCACAGAUCGCUGCGGCGGGCGCGAUAGCCGGUGGGGUCAACUCGGUACUCAGCAGCCCAGUGGAGCUGUUCAAGAUCCGUAUGCAGGCGCAGAUCUCCUCCCCGGGUGAUGCGGCGAAAGCACGAAAGCUCUCCGCCGUGGCUCGCGAGGUGUACAGCAAGUACGGCGUCAAGAACGGCGUUAUGCGGGGGUUCUGGGUGACGGUCAUGCGUGAAGUGCCUGCCUACGCAGGGUUCUAUACCGGAUUCGAACUCGCCAAAUCUGCCUUCCGGGCCAAACUACCGUCAGGAACAACGCAAGGUGGGACAAUCCUGCCGAUUUGGGCAUUGAUGGCUUCAGGUAGCUGCGGUGGGAUUUGCAACUGGCUAGCCUGCUACCCGUUGGACGUGCUCAAGUCGAGGAUUCAGCUCAACGAUGCUAAGCUGCCAAGAGGUUUCGGUGGACCGUUGCUGCUGAAGUAUGUCUCGGAGGAAGCGAGGACGUUGUGGAAGGAGCAAGGGAUGAAAGGGUUUUGGGUCGGGUUGAGCCCCACGCUGCUCAGGGCGAUACCGGCCGCGGCGGCGACGUUUACCACGUUUGAGGUGGUCAAGGACGCACUUGAGCGAGGGUGA